AAAACAUUGUCGUCCAAUUUUCAGUCAGUCAGUGAAAUUUGUAUUGACAUAGGGUGUAACUUGAAAGCAAAAUGAGGACACUUUUUGUUAUCACAUUAGUCGCCGCGGCAUUCGCCACAGCCUACUCUAGCGCGCUUCCUCACCAAAUUGAAACGGAAGCCUUCAUCAAAUCCAUCAAUGAGAAGGCUACCACCUGGACCGCCAGAAAGAACUUCGAGGGCUGGACCCCGGAGCAGCUCAAAUCUCUUGCAGGAACCAUCGGGAUCAGCCGCAAUCCCAAUGCCUCCAUCCCAAUCGUUUUUCACGACGUUCAAGCUGAUGGUAUUCCAGACAGCUUCGACUCCCGUCAAAUUUGGUCUUUCUGCGAAUCCAUUAAUACCGUCAGGAAUCAAGGGGCUUGUGGAGGUUGUUGGGCCUUUGCCGCAGUCGAAGUCAUGAGUGACAGACUGUGCAUUUUCUCUGCUGGAGCCAAGAAAUUCACCUUCGCACCAGAAGAACUGAUAUCUUGCUGUACAAAUUGCGGUAGCGGAUGCAGUGGUGGGUUCUUGCUUGAACCCUUCGACUAUUGGCAGUACAACGGUAUCCCAUCGGGAGGAGACCAGGGUAGCAACUACGGUUGCAGACCCUACACCGCCGAAAGCAAUGGUCAGACUCCACAGUGCAACAAGCGCUGCGUGUCAGGUUACAGCAAAUCCUGGAAUGAUGACAUUCGCCAUGGUAUCGCACAUUUCCAAGUCACCAGUACCGUGGAGCAGAUCCAGCACGAGAUUGUAAUCAACGGCCCCGUAAGCGCCUACAUGGAAGUCUUUGAAGACUUUUACAGUUACGGAUCAGGUAUCUACCAACACACCAGUGGCAAUUCCGUGGGUGGUCACGCUGUAAAGAUCGUCGGAUGGGGUUCUGAGAACAACGUCCCUUACUGGAUAGUCGCCAACUCCUGGGGCACCGGUUUUGGAGAGGGCGGAUUUUUCAGAAUCAUCAGGGGUAACAACAACGUUGGCAUCGAAAGCUACGUAGUUGCCGGUAACCCAAACACCAGCGAAUAAGUAAAACGUAAGAAAAUUGUAUACCGUCUUUAUAUUUAAUUGUAAAUAGUUCAAUUCCGUUAAUAAAUAAUAAUAUGUAAGCAUGUAA